UUAAAUCUGGAAACAAAGUUCAAGUUUUUAGUGCUAUUUUGUCCGAAUUUUUGUCAAAUUCUACUAUUCAAGGUGUACGAUAUUUUUCCGAAGGUCGACGUCAUUGGAUUGAAAAGUUUGUAUCAGAUUUUUUUUAAAUCUCACAUGAUGAAACAAUUGCAAUUUAAAUAUAAUCGUUUUCAUAUCUCCAUUGAUGAUCUCACUAAGUAUAGAAUUUUCUGGAUAUUUGCUUGUGUGGUAUCGGUGUAUUUUUGCAGUAAAAAUAUUAAAAAUGUGUGGAAAACUUGGGAAGAUAGUCCAGUGAUUAUCAGCUUUGCGGAAAAACCUACUUCAAUUUGGCAGAUACCGUUUCCAGCAGUGACAGUAUGUCCACAGACCAAGUUCCGAAAAAACUUAUUUUAUUACAAAGAUGCUUUGGAUACGGAUUUUGACGAUCCCAAAUUAAAUAUAACGGAAGAAAUGCUUGAGAAAUAUCAGAGUGCAAUACAAGUUUGCAGCAAGAAGAAGUACCCCAAAGGAGACAAGUUUCAUUUCAUUGACGGUCCCGUUUUGGAUAUCUUGAAAGAAAUUUCUAUUGAUCUUGGCCGUUUCAUGAAAAUUUUCAAAUGGAACAAUGAAAAAAUUUCGUUUCGGGAAGUGUUUAGACGCAUAUUAACGGAAGAAGGAUUAUGUUACACAUUCAACGCCCUCGACACGAGUGACAUCUACAGAGGACGAUCCGCUGAUUAUUUUACGAAGUGGACUGUGGAAAACGGAUAUAACGUCAGCGAUCUAAAUGAAACCGACACUUAUCCGCGUCGGCUACUCGGAUCCGGUGCUCAGUACGGCUUUCUCGCAGUACUGACCGUGUACAGCGAUGAUGUGGAAACUUUAUGCAGCAAUUCAAUUCAGGGUUUCAAAGUGUUACUGCACAGUCCGGAUGAAGUGCCUCAAAUGUCGAAACAAUAUUUUUAUGUGCCAUCAUCGGAAUCUGUUAUGGUGUCAGUAAAACCGAAUAUGAUAACUACCUCAGAUGAAUUACGGAACUACGCGUCACACCGAAAGCAGUGCUUUUUUAACUCGGAGCGUCAAUUGAAAUACUUCAAAGUGUACAAUCAACGCAACUGCGAAUUGGAAUGCCUAACAGAGUUGACUGAAACUGAAUGCGGCUGUGUGAAAUUCUCAAUGCCAAAGAAAAAUGGCACUAAGGUUUGUGGAAUCGGUAGACUUGGAUGCUAUGAGCGAGCACAAAAGAAAUUAAUUGAAAAAGUUAGAUCGACUGGACUGAGUUUUUUGGACAAGUGUAAUUGUUUGCCGGCAUGCACACAAAUAACUUACGACGUUGAAAUCUCACAAGCAAAAGUUGAUUGGGAAGUAGAACUAGGUGUCAUUUCACUGAAUGUAUUAGGACCGCUAAUUGGUAGACGUAAGCGUUCAUUAAAAAAGAAACAUUAUGAUAUGGCUGGUUUGAUAAUUUUCUUCAAGGAACAUCAGUUCAUAUCUUUAAAACGCUCCGAAAGAUUUGGACUCACGGAUUUUUUUGCCAAUUGUGGGGGCUUGCUUGGCCUUUUCAUGGGAAUUUCGGUGAUAAGCAUUGCCGAAGUGAUUUACUUUUUCACACUUCGUCUGGGCUGUUCACUUCGAAUGUAUCGAUCACGACGAACGGAUGCCAUUGCUCCAGUAAAGCCAAAUAUACCUUCCAUUUCGAUCAUCGAGCCUCCUAGGAACCAGGGCAUUGUUGAUCUAUAAAACAGCUUGAAUUGUGUACAUAUAUUUCAUUUUCCAUCACUAAAUAAAAUAGACAAAAACGUU